AAUCAAUGCACAUCAAAUGUCAUAUCUAACUACAUUGCUAACAUUUUCAUUGACGUUUGAGCCAGCCUCCAUUCCGGCCAUCCUCAUGCUGUAUACCGUACUGUAUAUUGUGUGCGUGUGCGUGUGCGUGUGCGAGAGAGAGUGACGGACUGCGUGUUUUGGUGUUUUCAUUUCCAUGUAAAAGUGACAAGGAGAGAACAGUGCAUAUUUGUCAUUUGGCUAGUAUGUGUUUUGUGUAUGUCGGAUGAAAGAUAUACGUACGUCAAUAUUGAUAGAUUGCUGAUUUCUUAUCAAUGCCCUACGUUUGUAAAGCUUUGGUGCCAACGUGUAUUGCUACCGUACUUCCAGCUUGAAUCGUUGAAUCGUUUGGCUCUUCUGAAUGGCCAGUCGGCCUGUCAAUCGGGUCGUAUCCAUGGUUACCGCUGACCAAUGGAAGCCAAGCACAGACCGUUUGCUUGGUCACGUCUGUGUGAAAAGCUGUUCGGGCGGGAUCUCGUUGGGACGUGAUCUCGUUGGGGAAGUCAUGUAUUCGGGAUGUGAUGUCUGUUUUUAUGGUCGUGAUGAUCCAUCAGAGCUAACAAAAAGAACGUAAACAAUCUACCCAUGUUCUUUGUGGCCUGCAAGAUGCACAACCUUGUGGCAUAUUUACCUGUCACCUUCUACCUCUUUGUACAGGCUGUAGAGGCUAAAAAGUACUGCUGGUAUUUUGAAGGCGGAUACCCCAUAUACUUCAGAUGUCGCUCCUACGAGGACUGCUGUGGGACUCGCUGCUGUGUCAGAGCUCUGUCCAUCCAGAGACUCUGGUACUUCUGGGUUCUCUUAAUGAUGGCAGUGUUGUUCUGCUGUGGUGCUGGCUUCUUCAUCCGGAGAAGAAUGUAUCCUUCCUCUCUGAGAGACGAGACUGCAUUCAACGUGUCCUUCACGAGACAUCCCGUCACUUCACCAGGUCAUUAUUUUAGAUUCAUAAUCAUGCCCUUCACAAGGAACCCGUCUAGAUCCCCUACUACGACUACACAUGGGGCAGGUCUACACACAGAAGGCGUGGUGUGGUCUCCAUGCACUACUACUUUGGUCUCCUUUGUAGUUUCCCAGCAGCCAGGAAGUCUGCAGGGGUUUGGUGUCAACAGGAUGACCGGUGCAGACCUGAUGCUCACCGCCACACAUCCUGCAUACCCGCAGCAGCCUGGCUCCGCCCACAUGAUGAUGACCGCCUACCCUCCACCGCCGUCCUACUGCAACCACCCACCGCCGUCCUAUGAUCAAAUAUUCCACGGUGAUGACAAGAAGUAACAUCUGAAGCUCACACGUUAGAAUCAACUGGCUCGGAAAGCACCCACAGCUUCAUUUGCAUACGUACGUUCAUAUUAGUGAUGGGAAGUCGUGCUUUUAAGGGAGACGUUCUUUUGGCUCUCAAAUUUCUAACGUGUGGAUUGAAUUUGUAAAAGUAGAACAUCAGAGGUUUCUUAUUUUUGCGCUGAACAGAAACAGAGAUUUCAGCCAAAAGCAAAGGACCCAUCACCAUUGGGCGAGAAGGUCCAAUCUAUUCAGAGGACAAACAACUAAAUAUUAACUCAAACGUGCUACAGUCAAAAAACAAAAAACAAAGCCAAGGUAAGCUUCAUCCAGUGUAGUUUUGGCUGGAUUGGCAUUCAGAAACCCCACAAUGUCCUUCAGCUUCCGAUUGCUCUUCCUGCUCUCCUUGGCUGCCCGUCCCUUCUCUGCUUUGUGUGGACGCAUGCCGAAGCUACUGUCCAUACAGUAGGCCGUCACGCUCGCAUCCGCACAAACAGCUGGUUCACUCACAACACGUGCACACGUGCACACAUUAAUAGCCAGAUUGUGGGUGUUUUACUGGAAGUUGAGCAGUCGGGUAGACGUACGGCAUUCCUAGCGUACGGAUGUGUACCACACGACACACAUUAAAAGUGAGGACAGGAAGUGUUAUGAAAUCCGGUGCCGUUCAGUGUGUGCGCCUAGCGAUGGUGCCAAGCCGAAGGCAGAGUUUUGGCAACACAAGAAGAUGGGUUGCAUUUAGACCCACACUUGCUGUGCAACACAUCAAAUAGGUUAGUAGUUUGGUGGCUCGUGUGUAUCUUCACGUCUGAUUGUCGGGGGGGCAGCAUCAAUAGAAGCAUCUGCAUGAGAAGGUCAUGAAGGAUUAGGAUUAGCAUUGAGAUGAAGGCUACGGUUUCAAGAGUACCAGAAGUACGACAUGAAUAGUGUUGUUUCUGUGAUGUGAGCCUGCAUCUUCUCGUCUCUCAAUGACGCCACCAUGACCCGGCCUGAGUCACCACAGCCUUUUACUUGAGUAAAAUAUACUUUUGAUGGUUGGCAAACACCUAGCAGUGAUGCGGCAGACGUGCAGAGACAAGAAAAUUGUACGCAAGAGCUCUAGCAUGACGUGCUUGAAGGGAGGGUUGCUCUGUGGAGAUGUGCGGUCUUCUGCUGUCGGGGUUGAUGCCUUCCCAACUUGUCUGUCUUUUCGAUGAAACCAAGAAGUACAUUUGGAAAUUCUUUCAAUUUGCUUCUUGCAAUCACCUUCCAAUAUGCAAUGUGUGUGGUGCAUGGGCUGAAAUGGGUUGGAGGAAGACAUGCCAGCACUGCGGUGAGGGAGCAUGAAGUACUUCUUCUCCUGGGUUAGUACUUGGACUGCUUUGUUUGUUCUUGCUUGCUAUUAAAGGCUGCUAUUUUAUUUCUUGGAA